AUGAAGAACACCAUGUCGCUGGCAGAGUGCCCCGGGACGUACCGAAAGCGCAUUGUGGAGCUCUACGCGAUUUACAAGCCGGACAACGUGAUGAAGGUUGAUUACCUCCUGGAGAAGUAUCGUGGACAAGAGGAGUUCCUCUAUCGCAGUAUUUGCCAGAAGUACGAUGUGGAUCCCUUGCGCUGGCCACAGACGCAGCCAAGCGCCUUGCCGUCGCCGCUGCCCUCGCAGCCAUUGCCGCUGCCUCCGCCGCCGCCUCCUGCACCAUCUCCAGGAAUAGCGCCAUGGGCAGCACAGUCUCAUAUGCCUUUGCCGGCAGUGACCACAAGAGCCAAGAUGCCUCCAAGUCCCGGUCCUCCCUCGCUGGUCCCGACAGCAACAAGGGCUGGCAUUGGCUUCACCCCCGCGACUCCAGCUACCCCUGGCCCGGUUCCUGCGCCAGCGUCUACACCGGCAAGGCAGAAGCACGAGGUUUUCGAAUGGGACCCGGCCACCGGCAAGAUGGUUGCCACCACGGUGGAGAUCGAUUCGGACUUUGGAAUGGCUCAGGCGCCCAGUCCAGAGGAGCAGACGAACGCGUCUCACCCGAUGCCAUUGCCUCCGCCGCCUCCACCGCCACAGGCCUCUCAGGCUGUGGCCACAGCCAACGACGAGUACGACCCCUUCGCCGCAGGUGCCGAGCCCGAGCCGGAGCCGAAGCGUCCUUUGGACCUGGUGCCGCCCGCUUGCGCCUUCACUGCCGUGAACGGCGCAUGGUGGGAGGAUCUUAACCCCUGGGCGCCUAAGUCCUGGACGGGACGGAAAGGCACCAGCCUUGGCCCGGAGUACGAGCUAGGCAGCGGCGAGCUCCAGCGGUAUGUCACCAAGGUGGACAUCAUGGACUUUAGCCUGGAGUUGUUCGAAAGCCAGUUCCGCCACCAGCAGCCAGUGGUUGUCAUGGGGCUCAUGAAGGAUUGGCCGGCGACCAGCGAAUGGACCUGGCAGAAACUGACCGACGUGAAAGGAAAGUAUCGGGACUUUCAGCUGGAAAAGCAUUUGAAUCACUACUUCUCCACGCACUCCAAGAACGAGAACUUGUUCUUCGAGAACCUUAUCCUAGAGUCGCCGUUCUCGGAGGACUGCCCAUUUGGGUCAGUGACUCAGCAGGGCGAUGGCCCCAAGAAAGUCCUGGGAAGAAACUUCCUGCCGCGCCUCAAUCAGGCUUGGUCCGAGGCCCGAGACCGCGCCAUGCAGGAAGGACUUUUGGAAGGCGACUUCGCAGAGUCCUCCCAGGGCUUCAUCAUCGCAAGUCCUGCCGGAGCCGGCGGCAUGCUACAUAGGGAUCCAGAUUCGACUGCCUACUGGAACGCGCUAGUUCAUGGUCGAAAGCGAUGGAUGUUUCUGCGUCCAGAGGAGCUGACUUCCCUCGCAGAAGCCAUUGUGACCAAGGGCCUGGCGCAGGAAGUCGCCAACCUGACAUCGCCGCCUACGGUCCAUGUGAAGGAAACGGCUCGGCAGGUAAAAAAGUUGCUCAAGCAGCUGCCCGCCAUAAGCUGGUUCGGCCGGCUGCUGCCGCUUCUGCAGAAGGCCCACGUGGACUUUGCUCGACAAGAGGCAAUGGUACAGGCGGGCGAGCUGGUCUACGGUCCGCCGGAGGUGUGGCACAUUGCCCUGGCGUUGGAGGAUUCCAUUUGCUGCAGCGAGCAGCUCAUCGAUGAGGGCAACCUGCUCCGAUUCGUCAAGGAUGAAGGUCAAGACUACGAGCCGUCGUUUGCCUAUUUGGGCUGCGAGGCUGGGAAGAGGCACUGGCCUGGGAUCAUGGCGCCCUUGGCAUCCUUUUGCAGAGAAGCUGAGAGGGACUUGCGGAGGGAAGCUCGGCUUCAGCGCCCAAAGACAGGCGCUGACACGUGCAGUGACUCAUCUUGUGCUGCCGACGCGAAGUGA